AUUGUUAUUUAAUGGGGAACCCCAAAUAUUCUCAGAGAGUCUACUUCUAAAUAGUUUGGUGUGAGCUCUAACCAUCUCCCAAUCUUUAUUCCAACAGGAUCUGAAUGGAAAAGUGUAACAGAGGGGCAACUAUGUGGGAAUUUCUCUGAAGAAACUGAGCAGGAACUCUUUGAAGAGAAAGUCUGGAACCGAAUUCAACCCUCACACCAAGAAGGAAGCCAACAAGAAGAAUGGAUCGAUAAACCCCUUCCUUGUUCCAUUGGAGAGUUCCAUCAAAUCUCACUGCAGCAAAAAAAAAAAAAAAAAAAACCAGGAAGGAGAGGAAAGAAAUGGAUGUCUCAGUGAUCCCUGGGAAAUAUCUGCCGAGAUUGAAUCCCAGAAAAGUAUUUUGGGGAAGAACACCAGAGACAGGGAAAUACUUUAUAAAGAAGAGAGUUCAUAUGCAUUUCUGGAAAACCAAGAGAAGUUUCUAGUUCCUUUAUUCCUCCAUCGUAUCAGGCUGUCCAUGCUGAUGGACAACAUCAACCCUCCGAUUUCAGCAAAAGCUUUCAUGGUCCAUCCAACCUGCUGACACCGCCGAGAAUCCCUAAAGUGGAGAAGUUGUAUAAAUGCUUGGAAUGCGGGAAGUCCUUCAGUCGCAGCGCCCAUCUGAUGUCCCACCAGAUCAUCCACACCGGAGAAAAGCCGUAUACGUGUUUAGAGUGUGGGAAGAGCUUGAUUCAGAGCGCCCACCUCGCCUCCCAUCAAAUUAUCCACACAGGGGAGAAGCCGUACCAGUGCUCGGAAUGCGGGAAAAGUUUCAACAAGAGCACCAACUUCGUGAGGCAUCAGAAGAUCCACAAAGGAGAGAAGCCGCAUCAGUGCGCCGAUUGCAACAAGACUUUUUCUGACAAACCGAGUCUCAUUCAGCACCAAAGGGUUCACAUGGGGGAGAGGCCAUACAAAUGUUACGAGUGUGGGAAGAGUUUCAGUCAUAGGGGCAGCCUCAAUGCGCAUCAGCGGAUGCACACGGGGGAGAAGCCGUACGGCUGCAAGGACUGUGGGAAGAGCUUUCGGGAUCAGUCCAGCCUUAUUAGACAUAAGAGAACCCACACCGGGGAGAAACCCUACACCUGCUCCGAGUGUGGGAAAAGCUUCAGCCAGAGCACAAACCUGACUUUGCAUCAAAGGGUGCACACCGACGGGAAGCUUCCAGAAGAGUCUCCCCAAAUACUUAACACAGGGAUGGCCAUGUUAGUCUUUCCACCAAAUCCUGCCAUCUUGCAACAGGUGUGGCAACCAGAGAAGACACAAGAGAAUGCCAGAGUAGCUUCCAAAGGAUCCCACGAAAGGCUGUGCCACUUCAUUGCCCGGCAAAGUGACACUGUGAUCGCAUGCAUCGGAUACCCCUUGGCGCCAGAGCACCCCUAUCCAGCUCAACAACUCAGCUGCUACACUGCCCUAUCACAUUUUCUGAAGAAUGCGCAGGACUACGGGGUGGACCCGAAACGGAUCGUGCUGGCUGGCGACAGCAGCGGAGGCACACUUGUUGCCAGCACUGCUCAGCAACUUCUGAUGACAAAGGACCUGCCACAGCCCCGGGCCCACAUACUAAUCUAUCCUUUCCUACAAGGCCUGGAUUUAAAUUUACCUUCUUACCAGCAAAACCAGUUUAUUCCCCUCUUAGUCAAGAAAGAGGCUGUUCGUCUUGCCACAGUUUAUCUGUCGGGAACUGAUGCCGGGGUCAAUGAAAUUAUGGCCAAUGCUCAUGUCCCGCAGGAACUCAUGGCAAAGUAUCAGAAAUGGAUCAGUGCGGAACAUAUUCCGGAGGAAUUUAAAGGCCGGGGUUACGUGCCGUUUGUACCUGGUCCGUUUUCAGAAGAUCUUUUCCAAAAAUACAAAACAGUUUUCGACCCCAUAUUUUCCCCACUCCUGGCGGAAGAUGCCGUCAUCCAGCAGUUUCCAGAGACUUUCCUCUUAACCUGCGAAUAUGACAUUUUCCGAGAUGAUGGCUUGCUCUAUAAGAAGAGGCUGGAAGACAAUGGUGUCCCUGUCACCUGGCUUCACCUCAAGGACGGAUUCCAUGGGAUCACCUCGCUGAUAGAUAUGGGAUCUGGAUCUGAAGAGGUUAUACCCUAUAAUUUCAUUCAUCUGUCCUGCUUAACUGACCUGAAGAUGGUCCACCAACCCUUUGAAGAGACACAUCCUUGCCCUCUCCAGCUCGUUCAUAGCCCACCACUCAGAAGAGAGUUCAUAUGCAUUUCUGGAAAACCAAGAGAAGUUUCUAGUUCCUUUAUUCCUCCAUCGUAUCAGGCUGUCCAUGCUGAUGGACAACAUCAACCCUCCGAUUUCAGCAAAAGCUUUCAUGGUCCAUCCAACCUGCUGACACCGCCGAGAAUCCCUAAAGUGGAGAAGUUGUAUAAAUGCUUGGAAUGCGGGAAGUCCUUCAGUCGCAGCGCCCAUCUGAUGUCCCACCAGAUCAUCCACACCGGAGAAAAGCCGUAUACGUGUUUAGAGUGUGGGAAGAGCUUCGUUCAGAGCGCCCACCUCACCUCCCAUCAAAUUAUCCACACAGGGGAGAAGCCGUACCAGUGCUCGGAAUGCGGGAAAAGUUUCAACAAGAGCACCAACUUCGUGAGGCAUCAGAAGAUCCACAAAGGAGAGAAGCCGCAUCAGUGCGCCGAUUGCAACAAGACUUUUUCUGACAAACCGAGUCUCAUUCAGCACCAAAGGGUUCACACGGGGGAGAGGCCAUACAAAUGUUACGAGUGUGGGAAGAGUUUCAGUCAUAGGGGCAGCCUCAAUGCGCAUCAGCGGAUGCACACGGGGGAGAAGCCGUACGGCUGCAAGGACUGUGGGAAGAGCUUUCGGGAUCAGUCCAGCCUUAUUAGACAUAAGAGAACCCACACCGGGGAGAAACCCUACACCUGCUCCGAGUGUGGGAAAAGCUUCAGCCAGAGCACAAACCUGACUUUGCAUCAAAGGGUGCACACCGACGGGAAGCUUCCAGAAGAGUCUCCCCAAAUACUUAACAAACUUUUGCGCUCUCCUCCUCCCUAUAGUCAGGACAGUGUGGAGAAGUUGUAUAAAUGCUUGGAAUGCGGGAAGUCCUUCAGUCGCAGCGCCCAUCUGACGUCCCACGAGAUCAUCCACACUGGAGAAAAGCCAUAUACAUGUUUAGAGUGUGGGAAGAGCUUCUGCGGGAAAAGUUUCAACAAGAGCACCAACUUUGUGAGGCAUCAGAAGAUCCACAAAGGAGAGAAGCCGCAUCAGUGCGCCGAUUGCAACAAGACUUUUUCCGACAAACCGAGUCUCAUUCAGCACCAAAGGGUUCACACGGGGGAGAGGCCCUACAAAUGCUACGAGUGCGGGAAGAGCUUCAGUCACAGGGGCUGCCUCAAUGCGCAUCAGCGAAUGCACAUGGAGGAGAAGCCGUACGGCUGCACGGACUGUGGGAAGAGCUUUCGGGUUCAGUCCAGCCUUAUUAGACAUAAGAGAACCCACACUGGGGAGAAGCCCUACACCUGCUCCGAGUGUGGGAAAAGCUUCACCCAGAGCACAAACCUGACUUUGCAUCAAAGGGUGCACACUGACGGGAAGCUUCCAGAAGAGUCUCCCCAAAUGCUUAACACGGGGAUGGCCGUGUUAGUCUUUCCACCAAAUCCUGCAAAUGGUUUAGUGGCGCUUGAAAGCUAACAUUUAGUGGUACUUGGCUCAAUAGUACUAACUGUGAGAGGGAUUGUCCUAGUUGACAAUCAUUUAAAUAUGAGCAAGCAGUGUGCU